UCUCUUUUCUUGUCAUCACUGCAUUGGCCAAAAGAAGUAAACGUAGACUAAUAAACCAAAACAUUUCGGGUCCUAUUUCAGACACAUACUAGUUUUAUAAUAACAAUAUGAAAAUUACUAUAGGUUAAAUAGAUUUAAAUACUUAUCCUUGGUUUAUAUCAUCUUCGUUAAUUUUAUUUGACCGUUGACGUUUUGUAAUUUUGUUACUAUUUCAUAAAUUCACAAUAAUAGGUGGCGAGGUUAAUGAGUCAGAGACUUCACCACCCAAAGAAGUGGAUUUUAAGAGUUGGACUGUGGUCACUCUCCACUUGGAUUGGAAGUCUCGUCUUGUGUGGUCGGAGAAGUUUCAUCGGCGGCUUUCCAUACUUCAGGAGAUUCUGCCGGCUGCCAAAGAAACAGAGAGAAGAGACAUUACUCAAUUGGGCUUCAAGCUAUUUCUUACUCCUAAGAAUGUUCUUUAGGUCCAUCAAACUUAUCACUGCACUUGUCUUCUUUACUCAGGUGGAUGAAAAAAGAAAGAACUUGGCCUGGAAAGCAAUAGGAUACAAUGGACCUAGCUCAGAUCAUAGUGAUCAAGAAGAAGAAUUAAAUGAGAAGAAGACUAACAAGAAGAUGCCUAAGGAGAUCUUUGGACCACUUUACAAUGGCAUCAUCGAUCUCAAAGAUCCUAGAGAAGCAGUGACAAAGAAGUUAACAGGUCAUGGGUUCACAGUUUCAACUCAAAAGAGCAAUAACAACGGAUCAUCUAUAUCUAACCCAGUGAUGACAAUCCAGUGUGAUGCCGUGGUGGUUGGGUCUGGAUCCGGCGGGGGAGUGGUGGCCGGACUUUUAGCCAAGGCGGGUUACAAAGUUUUGGUGGUGGAGAAAGGAAACUACUAUGCAAGAAGCAAUCUCUCUCAACUUGAGGGACAAGCAAUGGAUGAGAUGUACUUGUCCGGUGGGAUACUAGCAACUUCUGAUAUGAACGUAGUGAUUCUCGCCGGGUCCACUGUAGGAGGCGGUUCAACCAUUAACUGGUCGGCCUCGAUCAAGACACCGAAACAUGUGAUGAAGGAAUGGGCUGAAAAGUCGGAACUCGAGUUGUUUGAAAGCGAUUUGUACCGAGAGGCAAUGGAUGUUGUGUGUGAGAGAAUGGGUGUUCAAUGCGGAUUUGUGGAAGAAGGGUUUAAUAAUGAGGUCUUGAGGAAAGGUUGUGAAGAAUUAGGGUUACAAGUGAAGAAUAUUCCGAGGAAUGCUUCAAAGGAUCAUUACUGUGGGUUUUGUUCCUUGGGAUGCAAGAAAGGUCAAAAGCAGGGGACUUCAGAGACUUGGCUUGUAGAUUUAGUGGAAUCUGGUAACGGCUUGAUCCUUCCAGGUUGUAAAGCGAUGGAAGUCUUGUACGAGUGUGAAAGUGGGAACAAGAAGAAGACCUCCACUGGAAUUGCGUUUGCGUUUGAGGAAGAAACUUAUGUGGUGGAGUCUAGGGCUACGAUAGUGGCUUGCGGUGCGCUUAGAACGCCUCAUCUUUUAAAACAGAGCGGUUUAAAGAACGGUAACAUUGGGAGAAACCUUUGUUUACAUCCUGUAGUUAUGGCUUGGGGAUGGUUCCCUGAGGAGGAGAAGUGGCCAGAGAAGAAGAAAAAGAGCUACGAGGGAGGGAUAAUGACCGCAAUGUCCAGCGUUGUAAACGCAGAAGCAAAGACUACUUAUGGUGAAACGGUGAUCCAAACGCCUUCUCUUCAUCCAGGGAUGUUCGCAGGGGUUAUUCCUUGGACGUCAAGCAAUGAUUUCAAAACCCGAAUGCUCAAAUUCUCAAGAACCGCACACGUUUUCACGCUUUUGAGAGAUAAAGGAACCGGAACAAUCAAUUCUAAGAGUUACAUUGACUACAACUUAAACGACGAAGAUGAAGAAAGUCUUAAGAAAGGUCUUGAGAGUGUCUUGAACAUUCUGAUAGCGGCUGGAGCUGAGGAGAUAGGGACACAUAACUCAGAAGGUAAGAGUUUGAACGUCAGAACAGCGAGUGUGGUAGAGAUUGAGAGGUUUGUGAGGAAAGAGAGUUCAAAGAGCUUAAAGGAUUUGUCGGGACAGAUAUGUUCAGCUCAUCAAAUGGGAAGUUGUAGGAUGGGAACUAGACCAGAAGAAUCUGCGGUGAGGCCAACGGGGGAGACUUGGGAGGUCGAAGGCUUAUUUGUGGCGGACACAAGUGUUUUCCCGACGGCUUUAGGGGUUAAUCCGAUGGUCACCGUUAUGUCUAUUGCUUAUUGUAUUGGACUUAAUGUUGUUGAGGCUCUUAAGAAGAAGUGAAGUCUCGUUUUAACUGGACUUUAAGUUUUUCAUAUUGAAAAAAUAAUAUAUUUCUUGAUAAUUUUAUAUAAACUUAUUUUUAAAAGUUUA